GGCGUGAGUUUUUUUUUUGCCCUGAGAAGCAAUUAGUAGCGGCAGUUCAUUUUUCUUUUUCCAUUUUCGUUUCUUUAUACAAGCAGCCGCAGGAGAGCAUUUUUCUUUCUGUUCUUUUUCAAUUAGCCGCAACCAGCAGUUUUCUCUUCCGAAACCGCAGCAGCUACCACAAAGACUAAGCAACGAUUUUCCUUUCCUCUACUCUUAAAAGAUGCCAGGUAUGGCAAUUGAAGAAUCUACUAAUUAAUUGGAAAUUCUCUCUCCUGUCCUUCAUCACUGUUCUACGGGAUCUUACGAUCCGAGUUACGAUCCCUGAGUUCCGAUCUCCUAGACCCCGUCUGAUCCGUGCUAGGAUCUCGAGUUUAACAACCUUGGUCAAAAGUAUCCAGCAGAUAAUACUUAUAAAAUGGUAAGUAAAACUUGAACUUCGUAGUUUUGAGCAGAUUGCUCCUCCGGAUUUAGCUCUCUUAUGAUGAAGGCCAUAUCAUUUCCAUGCAAGGCAUCAUUUUCCCAUGUUUCAAACUUGAGUGGGCAAAACCAGAAUAAAACAAAUAGAUUGAAUAUGGAGCUCUCAAUUACCCAACCUGAUGAUUGGCAUCUUCAUCUCCGUGAUGCUCAUCUUCUUGAAGCAGUAGUCUCUCACAGUGCAUUUAACUUUGGAAGGGCAGUCAUUAUGCCGAAUUUGAAACCUCCAAUCACCACUACUGCUGCAGCUGUCGCAUAUCGGAAUUCCAUCAUGAAAGCAUUGGCUCCUAAUUCUCAUUUUAUGCCACUGAUGACACUGUAUUUAACAGAUACAACAAGUCCUCUUGAAAUUAAACAAGCCCGGCAGAGUGGGGUUGUAUAUGCUGUAAAGCUUUAUCCCGCUGGUGCUACAACAAAUUCUCAGGACGGCGUUACUGAUCUUUUUGGAAAAUGCAUGCCAGUUCUUGAGGAAAUGGUUGAGCAAGAUAUGCCUCUCCUGGUCCAUGGAGAGGUAACGAGCCCUGAGGUCGAUGUAUUUGAUCGAGAAAAGGUAUUUAUUGAAGCAGUUUUAGGGCCUUUGGUGCAAAGGCUUCCACAGUUGAAGAUUGUGAUGGAGCAUGUCACCACCUUGGAUGCUGUGAAUUUUGUAGAAUCUUGUCGAGAAGGAUAUGUUGCAGCUACCAUCACUCCACAACAUCUUGUCCUAAACAGGAAUUCUUUGUUUCAAGGCGGGUUGCACCCACACAAUUACUGCCUUCCUGUACUUAAAAGAGAGAUCCACAGACAAGCUAUUGUGUCAGCUGUGACAAGUGGCAGUAGAAAAUUUUUUGUUGGGACUGAUAGCGCUCCACAUGAUAGGCGGAAGAAAGAAUCUCAAUGUGGUUGCGCUGGUAUUUACAGUGCUCCUGUAGCCUUAUCUGUUUAUACAAAGGUUUUUGAGGAGGCUGGCGCGCUUGACAAGCUAGAAGCAUUUACUAGCUUUAAUGGACCUGAUUUUUAUGGGCUCCCUAGAAACUCAAGAAAGAUUAAACUGACUAAAACCCCGUGGAAGGUACCGGAGUCGUAUUCUUACGCUUUAGGGGAUGUUGUCCCCAUGUUUGCUGGUGAAACAUUGGAGUGGCAAGCACUGUCGAUAUGAUGUUGUUUUAGUAACACAUCAUAAAUAAAAUACACAUUCCUGUACUCGACACAUGAAAUGAAUUUUGGUUUGAAACAGCACACCAAUUUUUUGUUAUGGUUGCUGCUUUUGGUUAACGAGAUUCUUUACAUCACGGUUCCUUUUGGGAUACUUUCUGACGGAAGUGUGCUUGAAUGCGAAGGGGGCAAAUAAGGCAAUAAGCUCCCAACUUUUUAUGAUUCUGCAAUUAAGCCUUUUAAGAGA